UGUGGCACUCAUAAAAGAUGAGGCUGAGAACACGGAAAGCUUCUCAGCAAUCAAAUCAAGUCCAAACACAACGCACUGCCAGAGCAAAGAGGAAAUACUCAGAAGUCGAUGAUAGCUUGCCUUCAGGAGGAGAAAAAACACCCAAGAAUGAAGCUGGCUUGUUGUCUUCAAUUAAAAAUUUUAUUAAAGGAAGCACAACCAAGGAAGAGAGAGAAAAUCCUUCAAAACGGAGUAGAAUUGAACAUGAUAUAGAUAAUAAUUUGAUCACAUCAAUACCAAGAACAGGAGAAAAGCCUAACAAACAGAUAUCUCGAAUAAGACGGAAAAGUCAAGUAAAUGGAGAAGCUGGUAGCUAUGAAAUGACAAAUCAACAUGCAAAACAAAAUGGAAAAUUAGAAGAUAACACUUCUGUUAGUCCUCCAAGGACAACAUUGUUGGGGACCAUAUUUUCUCCUGUCUUUAACUUUUUUUCACCAGCAAAUAAAAAUGGAACAUCAGGAUCCGAUUCACCGGGACAGGCUGUGGAAGCUGAAGAAAUUGUGAAACAACUUGAUAUGGAACAGGUGGAUGAAAUCACUACCAGUACCACUACACCAACUAAUGGAGCAGCUUAUUCAAAUCAAACAGUUCAAGUGAGAUCAUCUAUAAAUAAUGGUUUAGAAGAAACAGAAGAAACAGUUAACCGUGAUAUCCCACCUCUUACAGCACCAGUAACUCCAGACAAUUAUUCAUCAGCUCAUGCAGAGGCAACCUAUGAAGAAGACUGGGAAGUAUUUGACCCCUAUUAUUUCAUCAAACAUGUUCCACCACUCACAGAAGAACAACUAAAUAGGAAACCUGCUCUUCCAUUGAAAACAAGAAGCACACCAGAAUUCUCCCUAGUUUUAGACCUGGAUGAAACACUAGUACAUUGUAGUCUAAAUGAACUAGAAGAUGCAGCACUUACUUUUCCAGUUCUUUUCCAAGAUGUCAUUUAUCAGGUUUAUGUGAGAUUAAGACCAUUCUUCAGGGAAUUCCUGGAACGGAUGUCUCAAAUGUAUGAGAUCAUUCUUUUUACUGCUUCCAAGAAGGUGUAUGCAGACAAGUUACUGAACAUACUAGAUCCUAAAAAGCAACUAGUCAGGCACCGGCUUUUCCGUGAACAUUGUGUUUGUGUACAAGGAAACUAUAUUAAAGACUUAAAUAUCCUUGGAAGAGAUCUUUCAAAAACUAUAAUAAUUGACAACUCACCACAAGCCUUUGCAUAUCAGCUAUCAAAUGGAAUCCCUAUAGAAAGCUGGUUUAUGGAUAAAAAUGACAAUGAACUCCUAAAAUUGAUUCCAUUUCUGGAGAGGCUUGUAGAACUGAAUGAAGACGUUCGGCCUCACAUCAGAGACAGAUUUCGCUUGCAUGAUUUGCUGCCCCCAGAUUAAAUACAAAGACUUGUCAAAUCACUGAAUGGGGAGAGAAUGCAGGACCCUUUUGGACUAAGAUGAAAACAUUGCCAUUACUGUUGAAAUUUUGCAUUUUUGUACCCCGUCUUGCUUUUCUUAUCUUUGGUGCCCAAUGAUAAUCAAGGGUUACAGAAAGAGACUUUAUCUCAGAUUGAAUACACACAGUAGGUAGGCUAAAACAGAAGAGUCUUUAGAACUACUAGUGCAACUCCAGUGAAAUUUUUUUAUGUACAGGACAUCUGCAGUUUAUAAAGAAUUCUGUUUCUGCCACCAGCAGUUUGACCUGUAGUCACACAGGACUUUAUGACAACAGAGAUGAAAAUGGACUUUUAUUUUCUCUCUGUUUGGUGCUCUAAGUGGGUUUGUAGCCACUUUUCUGUUACUUUAAUAUUCUCAUUUCAACAGGAAUGGCCAGUAAAAGUUGUUUUAUUUUUCCUGUUAAAAGUUUAUAACCUCUUUACAUUUUUGUCCUGUAUUAGAUUAGAAUUUCAUUAUGCAUUCCUUUUAGUUAAAGCGCUUCAUAGUUUUCUGGAAAUAGUCUAUUUUUAGUUUUAUACUAUACAUUUGAAUGGCCGUUUUCCUGCUUUGUCUGCCUGCACAUUGUAUAUUUGUUUAAAAAUAUUCUCUACUUUUAGUCCAUGUAAGUUUCAUUUAGAAGGACAUGCAUUUAUAUUUUGUUUCUGUAAUAUUCUACUGUAGGUGAAAUCUUUUCAAAAAAAUCAAGAGAUUGGGUAGAUAAGAAUAUAUGAAUGACUAAUAUUCAAAAGAUUUAAACCAUUGUGAUGGCAUGUGUUCCCUAAUGGUAAUAUCUUGCAAUGGCACAGAUUCAAUUGAUAAAGGUAUACCUCAGACUUCACUCUGCUCACCAAUCUUUGAGAAUGAGUUUGGUCACCAGUUGGGCUUGGUUACUGCUGCCUUUGGUUUUCUCCAGGAAUGAAGUAUUCAGCACAGUGACGCAGUAUUUUCAUUUUGCAUGGGCUGGUUGUACCUCUGUUAUGCUCUCAGUUACAAUCAAUUUAAAACUCUGUGUAACAGUGUUGGUACCUUACAGUAGCUAUGCAUAAUCCUGUGGCACAGUAAACUCCCAAGCCACCAAUGCAGUUCAGAGUGGUUUUCUGUGAUAUAUGAAAAUAGUCUUCAAGCCUUGGUUCUCUAAUGCAGCUACCACAAGAGGUUGAUAUUUUUAUAGUGGUGUGUAAUCUCCUAUUUGGGAGGCUUUUUAUGGAAGGUAGAAUUUGUAAAAGUUAGUAUGCUUUGCCUCUCAACUGCAUUAACAUGCCAUUGGCUCAGACUGUUUUUGUGUAAAGGAUGUCAAAGAACGGCACUUUUUCUAAAGAGAAGUUUGAUAUUUUGUAUGCUUGUUAAGAAAGUACAGUAUUGGAAAUUAAAGGUGGACAACUGAUAA